AUGUACCGGCAAAUAGUCAUUCAUCCCGAUGACCGCUAUUUGCAACAAAUUGUCUGGCGUGAUAACCCUUUAGAACAGCUUCAAGCUUAUCAACUUAACACCGUGACUUACGGCACCUCUAGUGCUCCCUUUUUGGCAACUAGGUGCCUCCAACAAUUAGGCUUAGAGUGUACCGAUGACAAGGUUGCUCAAGUGAUCAUUCACGAUUUUUACGUUGAUGACUUGCUAACGGGAGGGGAUGAUAUUAACGAGGUUACAGAUUUGCGCCGUAAAGUGACUUCCACACUUGCAUCAGCUCAUAUGGUUUUGCGAAAGUGGAAGUCGAAUGAAUCUCAACUGGUUAGUGAAAAUGAUAUUUCUCCGCUUGAUUUGAAUAUUGGUGGCUUUGAACCGACUAAAACUUUAGGCCUUGGUUGGCAAUCACCUACUGACCAACUUUGUUUCCCUAUAGGAGGGCUAUUCUCAGGUAGAACAAAGCGUGAUAUGUUAUCUGUGAUUUCUCAGAUUUUUGAUCCACUAGGACUUCUAUCUCCCUGUGUAAUUAAGAUGAAAAUGCUUCUUCAACAGUUGUGGCUGCUCAAGCUGUCAUGGGAUGAGCAGUUGACGCCAGAAAUCAGCAAGAUGUGGGCUGAGAUAAUAGUCGAUUUACCUAAAUUAAAUACUCUACGUAUUCCACGUCGUGUUAUUUGUGACUCGCCUAGUUGGUUUGAAUUUCAUAUUUUCUCGGACGCUUCUGAGCGAGCAUAUGGCGCCUGUUUAUAUGUGCGUAGUGUUAAUGAUCAGGGUGAGGUUUUAAUUCAAUUAUUGAUGGCGAAAAGUCGUGUCGCGCCGCUUAAACCUAUAACAAUCCCAAGACUGGAACUUUGUGGUGCACUUGUUGGAGCUCGCCUUUACCAAAAGGUUGUAGCAUCGCUGAGACAACAGGCUAAGCGCACUUUCUUUUGGACAGAUUCGUCCAUCGUGUUAGGAUGGUUAAAGGUGUUACCUAGCAAGCUACAACCCUUUGUCAGAAAUAGGGUUGCUGAAAUAUUAGAGAAGACUGGAAAUUGCGAGUGGAGGCAUGUCCCAACAGAGUGUAAUCCGGCCGAUCAUAUUUCUCGCGGUGUGAGUUGUAAGGAUAUUUCAUCCAUGAGUAAGUGGUGGUCAGGACCUGAAUUUUUAAAGAAAGAGGUCUCUCACUGGCCUGCAAAUUUCUUAAGUAUUAAUCACGAGUUGCCUGAGAUUAAAUCGUCAAAUGUUAUCCUCCACGGAAUACUUCAUUCUAGCAACAAUGAAGAUUUAGGUGGGAAUAAAUUAAUUGAAUUUAAACGCUUUUCUAAAUAUACUAGAUUAAAUCGGACCGUUGCUUAUGUGCUGCGUUUUAUUAAUAAUUGUAGAAAGCAAUCCGUUCACGGUCCUCUAAGCAAUCAAGAGUUGCAAACCGCACUCAAUGUUAUUAUAAGAAUAUCCCAGAGUGAAUCAUUUGAGGAAUACACCAUGUUAAUUAAAAAUAAAAGUUUACCCACUAAAAGUCCGUUGCAUAAAUUUAAUGUAUUUCUCGAUGAUAAUAAAAUAAUGCGUGUUGGAGGGCGUCUUGAAAAUUCCGAUUACUGUUAUGAGAAAAAACAUCCCAUACUUAUACAGUCCACUCAUUAUUUUACCAAAUUGCUCUUCAAUUAUGAGCACAUAAGGUUAAUGCACGCGGGACCACAGCUAAUGUUGGCCACUAUAAGAGAGAUGUACUGGCCGAUUAGAGGUCGUAAUUUGGCCAGAUCUUGUUAUCGACAAUGUGUAAGAUGUAAUAGAAUGAAAGGAAAAACCAUCUCUCCAAUAAUGGGCAACCUACCACACCAACGCAUCCUUUCUGGUUUUCCAUUUCAAAAUAUUGGACUAGACUAUGCGGGACCAAUUCAAUCUGUUUCUCGCCAUGGCCGUGGUUGUAAAAUUGUAAAGGUGUAUAUAGCUAUUUUUAUUUGCUUCGCGACUAAGUCAAUUCAUCUUGAAUUAGUGGGUGAUUUAACUAGCAAUACCUUCAUAUUAGCUUUGCGCAGAUUUAUGUCUAGAAGAGGGAAACCUCUUAAUAUUUAUUCGGAUAAUGGUACCUCCUUUGUAGGCGCAUACAAUGACAUUUCAAAAUUUAUUAGGACGUAUUGUAAUUCUUUAUCUGAGGUAAUGGCAAAUGAAGGAAUUAAUUUCCAUUUCAUACCGCCUUAUUCUCCCCAUUUUGCUGGGCUUGCGGAGGCUGGUGUCAAAUGCAUUAAAUAUCAUUUAGUUAGAGUGCUGGGCAAUUGUAAUGUGACUUACGAGGAACUAAAUACCACAUUAAUACAAAUUGAGGCUAUACUUAACUCCAGACCACUCACACCUUUGUCAACGAAUCCUGAAGACUUGCUACCACUAACGCCCGGUCAUUUUUUGGUUGGACGCCCCUUGACUUCCUUGCCGACACCAGACUAUAAAGAUCAUUCCGUAAGCUCUUUAACCCGAUUUCAACGAAUAGAACAAUUACGUCAACAUUUUUGGGCUAGAUGGAGCAAGGAAUAUAUAUCAGAGCUUCAACUGCGGAUGAAAUGGCGUUCCUGUAAAGGCUCUUUGAAGUUAAAUUCACUGGUACUCCUAAAAGAGGAGAAUUCACCGCCAUUAAAGUGGAAGAUGGGUCGCAUCGUCGCAGUCCAUCCAGGCUCGGACGGCGUAUCAAGGGUGGCGGAUAUCAAAACAUCGACUGGUAUAGUUCGCCGAUCAUUUAGCAAAAUUUGUCCGCUUCCUGAACCUGAAGAAUCUGGUUGA